UUUUUAAUUUACUUAUUCUUUUAAUCAUUCUAUAAUACUACAUUAUAUAUAUAUAUAUAUAUAUUUAUGCAUUCUUCUUCCAAUAAUAAUAGAAGUCAUCGUAAUAGUGAUCCUUAUAGAGCAGCAAGAAGAACUCUUAGUCCAGCUGAUUCAUAUGAUUCCUCCAAGUUAAGAUCUGAAUCUGACAUUCACUCUCGAUCAGCGUCUGAUAGUAGUACUAGUCGACUUACAACUUCUCAACCAACGUACGAUCAUAGACGAAAUGAUUAUUAUACUGAUGAUCCUUAUGCACCAAGACAAACGAGUCAUAAACAUCAUACACGAAAAGAUACACCAGAAUCACAUCAUACUACCAAUUCAUCUUCAACGAUACCAUCACAAGAACAACAAUCCGAUUAUUAUCAAGCUCAAAAAGCCAAUUCUUAUUUACCAUAUUCACAUCAUCAACCAGGAAAGAAAGAUCAUUAUUAUCAACCUCCAGCAACGUCUAUGUACUUGGAAAGUGAACAUUUACCUAGUUUUACAUCACCACACAAUGGCGGAGGAGUUGGAUCUUUAUUACAAGAUAAUAUUGUCAUGGAUAUGGUUGAUUCUCCGAUACUCACACGUCGAAAGGAAGGAUUGGAUCGUUUACCUCCCUUGGAAGAAAAGAAACGACGGCGAUUCUAUGGAUUGGGCGCGAAAAGAUUAUUGAUUAUUGUAUUUAUCUUUAUUGUCAUUGUAGUGAUUGUUUGGUACUUUGUUUGGCCUCGAACAUUUACUAUGACUUAUGUGGAUACAAAUCUUUAUGGAAGUGCUUAUCAACCUAUUCAUCCAAACAAUACAGUCACUGGAUUUCAAACUACUUGGAAUGUCUCCAUGAUGGCUGACAACAAGGAAAAUUGGGUACCCACUCAUGUUAGUAGAUUGGAUCUCGAUAUUUAUGAUCAAAGCACUGGUGUAAGAUUUGCAAAUGGUACUUAUGGUUCUUUUGUUUUACCUCCCAAAUCACAAAAACCUAUCGACUUUAUUGUCAAUAUUGAUUAUGAUCCAGCACCAAAUGAUCAAACCUUACAAGAUCUUUCAGCUGCAUGUUUAGCUCAAUUAGAACCAAAUGAUCCAUCACAACCUCAACCACAAUCACAACAAUCUCUCAAUUUACAUUUCGAUGUCACUUAUCAUAUAGCCGGUAUUGCCUGGACAUCUCAAACAAGACAAAAUGUUGGUCAAUUCAAUUGUCCCACAUGAUACCCUUAUUAUUAUUAUUUUAUUUUUAU